AUGUCGAUCAAGCAUGACCACGCUCUUAAUCCUGUGACAGCUCUCGAAUUCUAUCAUACUUUGGCUGGCAGACUCCUGCUUCUAGCUGGGGAAGGAUCAUUCUUGAAGGUCUUUGAGGCCGAGACUUCAGAAUUCCUCUUCCAGUGCGAGAUUUUUCCUGGGCAAACUAUUCAUGGGAUUGUCAUAAAUGAGAGCUCUGUCCAGACAAAUGACCUGCAGGUGGUCAUUUGGGGUGGGAAAUGCUUGGCGCUGCUCAAGAAGAAGGACCUUGAUCGGCUUAUAUGUCGAGAUAUAGUCAAUCUUACGAGUGUUGCUGCACUUGUAUCGGAUUGGAUCCUUGAUGUGGCCAUAUCCGACGAUGGUGAGAACCGCUGUGUCCUUGUCACUGCUCAUAACAAGCUCAUCCACGCAAAUCUUGGGCAAAAUGAUCAGCCCCCUUUCCUCGAGGAUCUACCAUCUCCCUCCGAAUCGAUCCUCUACUCUGCUCACCUGAUCUGGGAUACUCCAAAUAAAAUACUGGUAGCCGCUGGAACAGUGUUUGGUCAGGUCAUAGUCUGGCAAAGUUCGGUCACGGACGAAGGCUUCUUCAAUGAUGCCCAGACCCUCUUUACCUUUGAAGGGCAUGAAGGAUCCAUAUUCGGAGUCAAUAUAUCGCCACCUAUUCGAGGUGCAGAUACCACAAGCAUGCGGUUACUAGCAAGUUGCAGUGAUGAUAGGACAAUCCGCAUCUGGAGUCUUUCCGAAUCAUUUCAACAGAGCAAACAGAAAGACGGACAAAUGAUAUUAAGAGAAACUGGAUUUGGCAAGAACAAGGCAUAUACUAGUACACCGCUACCAAGCGGAAAAUGUAUAGCUAUGGUUAUGGGCCAUGCCUCGAGGAUAUGGAGUGUCAAAUUUCUCGUUCAUGAUCGGACGGUUCUCGAACAUUCGUCUGUUAGUGUGCUUUCGUUUGGGGAAGACGCUACGGCACAGCAAUGGCAAUUGGAAUCUACAGCAGAGAAAUCAAUUGACUCGAAAACCGACGAGGAAGCCACAAAUCAAACAAGUCUUCGGCAUGUUAACACGUUUGCAUUUCAUAGUGGGAAGCAUAUAUGGUCUACUGCUCUGCGAUCUGGAUCCGACGGCAUACUAAAUAUUUCAACUGGGGGUGCGGAUGGCAAAAUAUCAUUUUACAGUAUGGAUAUGUUGAGCACCAAUGUUUGUCCAUCCAUUCCAGGAGUGUUCACCCAGCCUCAGCUGCUCGAUUCGGUUACGACUGGCAAUCAGCCAUGCCUUCCAUAUACUGCUAUAUGCGAGCUUGAAGAUGUGCUCAAGGGCCUUCCGCAGGAUAAUGGCUCUUCUCGGCCACUAUUUACCCAAGCACAACAGGAUUCGCCAUCGGAUAUUCGUCCUAUAUCACCCCCAGUUGACGGAAAGACAGCUGCGAAGAAGAAAGUGAAGAAGCCGCUGAAAGAUGCGUUCAAUCGAUAUGCCUUUAUAUCAGAAAAUCAGUUCCUGGCUACUACUAAACUUGGACGGGUUUUGCUAGGUCAGAUUAGCACAACUAUGACUAUGGAAUGGAUAGAACUCCAUCUCCCCGAAUCAGGAAAUGAAGAUCUCAAAGCAUAUGCUGUUCUUCAAGGAUUUCCCGAAAUUUCUGUGGCUUGUUUAGCUGGAUCCAGCGGCAAGAUUUAUAUCUAUAAAAGCAUAAAUUCGUUUUUUGAAAUGGGAACCGUGGUGGGCAAGGUUGCCGACAUGUUCAAAGUCUUUGACCCAGACGCGGGUACUUUCAGCCUUUUGGUCACUACCCUGGCGUCCAAAACCGCAACAUUAUUUUCCAUAGAUUCUACAGCUGAGGAUGGACUUCAGAACUCCCAACGCAUCUCUUUUAAGCUGCCUGAUGAUUUUGUCGUCACUAGUGCUGGGAUAUGCCACUCAUUACUAGUUUUGGGUUCUAGAAAAGGCUCUCUUGCAGUAUUUGAUCCUCGAAAGUUCGACAAUCCGCUCUGCAUCUGGAACGACCCAGAUUGCAGCAACGGAGAUGCUAUUACAACCAUCCUGCCUCUCUCACCAUCCGGGGGUGGGAACGGCAAUACCGGCUAUUUCCUAACCACAGGCCGGAAUGGGAUUUACUCGAUCUUCUCUGCAUCAUGUUUUCCUGACUCAAAUAUGGAACUAGAUUCUGUUAAGCUUCGACCACUUCAUCGCGGAACUCCACCUUUUGGACCCAUGAUCGAAGCCGCCUGGUUCGAAGAUGAUAUGCUGAUUCUUCGCGGCUUCAAAGGCAAAAGUUUUGUUGUUUGGAAUGAAACUAAACAAUAUGAAAUCAUGAAUGUAGAGUGUGGUGGUGCCCACCGGAGCUAUGCGUAUUAUUCUCUAUAUCGCACCAAAGGGGGUGGAAUUUUCAUUUACACCAAAGCUUCGAGGCUAUAUAUCCAUUCCCAGGUUAAAUUGCCACAUCAGAUUGUCAAGCAAGGGGGACAUGGACGAGAAAUCAAAGCUUGCGCUAUCUCAUCAGACGGAUCUGUCUUAGCAACUGGUGCUGAGGAUACCUCGAUUCGAUUCUGGCGUUACGAGGAUGGUGGUGCGAAGAAAAAUAAUCAACUUAACUGCGUAGCUGUGAUUCAGAAACAUACGGCAGGCAUUCAACAUCUCCAAUGGCAUCGGUCAGAAUACCUAUUCAGCAGUGGCGGGAACGAGGAGUUUUUCAUCUGGGCUAUUAAAGAUAUUCCUGGGUUCGGAAUAGGAGUCGUAUGUGAAGCCACAUGCCCGGACCAGAGCGACGAUCGAGACUUAAGGAUCAUGAGUUUUAAUGUGACAGAGGCUCCGCACAUUUUAGACUCCCAACAACAACCUAGAUUGUUGAUAAGCCUAGCUUAUUCGGAUUCGACGAUCCGGACAUAUACCUACACCAAGGCUUCCGGUUAUGGUCUGGUGGCCUCGGGCAGAUACACAUCAUCCUGCCUUACUCAAAUCAAACACAUUAAUGUCGUCGAUAACACCAUUAAUCUGUUGACUACUGCGACAGAUGGAUAUCUGACUCUCUGGAAGUGCAAAAUCAACUGCUCUCUUGAAGUGAGGGAUCAAAAUUGCGGCAUAAAUACCCCAGAGUUUGUCAUGCUCUCAAAUACCAAAGUUCACCAGAAUGCCAUAAAGUCACUUGAUUUUACCUUUUGCAGCACCAAAAACCACACUAUAAUAGUUACUGGUGGGGACGACAAUGCCCUUGGCAUUUCAGUCUACUUCACAAAUGAUACUUCACUUCAUCCAGUAACACAUAUCCUGAGAUCUGCCCAUGCUGCUGCUAUCACCGGGCUCUGUAUCAUGCCUGGGCCGACAACAAAAAACGGCAAGGGCAGGAUUUCCAUUAUAUCCUCAAGCAACGACCAAAGAGUAAAAGAGUGGACGUUAUAUAUGGAUGAGAGAAAUAUACAGACUGGUGCCGUAGAAAUCCAAAAGAUGGACGAUGUUUUCACCAAUGUAGCAGACGUUGGGGACUUGGUGGUAUUGAGGGAUGGCACGGGGUUAGGGAUUGCUAGGCAAAAGAAAGUUCUUGUUGUGGGCAAUGGAAUGGAAGUUUGGAAUGUCUCCUGUGACUUGGAUGAAUAG